UCCACGCAGCAGAACAUCCUCUCGGGAAGGGCUCGAUCGAAGCGCAUGGAGAGCACCAAAGCCGCGGACGUUCUUCGUGUUGUAGUCCUAUCGGGCGUUGUCCAGCCUGCUGAAGUAGAGCUGGUGUGCCUUUCGAUCUGCAAUGCCUGCCGCGAGAGCAGCACGGACUAUUCCAUGGUGGUCAAGAACGAGAACGUUCGCCUCGUUUCACCUUCAAGACGGCAAGAUGAAGGAGAAUCGUCAUCACCCCUAUCACUCUACGGCGGUGACAUAAAAAGUGACAGCGCCGUGCCUGUGAUACCUGCGGAGAAUAGUAGAGUACUGCCUCACCGCCGGAUUUCUCGGCUGGCGUUUCGCGUCGACUUGCCGUUGUCGCAAGUCGUUUGGCCCGAAGGCCUUCGUGGGCUGAAGUUCGGCUGGAGGUUCGACCACCCGCUCGACCAUCCGCUGCCUGACUCGCUGAUAGAUCUCCAUCUCGGUGGCACGUUCAAUCACCAUAUCGAGGGGGUCACGUGGCCGCCACGACUUGUCGUGCUGCGUUUCGGGGAUCGAUUCAACCGUCAGGUAGAGCUGGUGGCGUGGCCUGCCACGCUGCAGAGCCUGACCUUUGGCUCGUCCUUCGAUCAGCCCAUAGAGGCAAUGAAGUGGCCCGGCGGCCUGGAAGUUCUAAGGCUCGGAGACGCCUUCAACCACCCGGUCCAGGCGGCUGACUGGACGAGCGCGACCAACCUCAGGAUACUCGAGUUCGGGACCGCCUUCCGCUGCGCCGUUACCGACGUCGCGUGGUCUCCGGGGCUAAGGGAGCUACAUUUUGGACCUUGCUUCGACCAGCAGCUAUUCGCGAGCCAACUUCCGAGGGGCCUCAGGCUGCUCCGUAUCCCAGACGUGUGUGACACCUUCGAGCCGGACGGCAUGCCAAAAGACUGCAAGCUUCGCGUUUACAAGACCAACAUCUUUGAGUUGUGGUAGUGCAUUUUUUUAGUCAGGAGCUCUUGCUCAUCUGGCAGAGGGAAUUUGGGGUCCGAAAACAUGAGGAGCUGACAUGUACAGAGAACUCGAGUCUGAUCUUGUGUGCGGUAGCAGGACGGCGGCAAGGAUAGUUUUGGCGCCUCGGUCAACCACCGCUUGGACACCUUGUGUGUAGGAGAGAGGAGAGAGGCAGCGCGAGGCAAAUCUUGCUGCAGUGUUUGUUUAGCUUCUUGGCGCUCGCCAGGCAACGGCAGGUUGUGGAGCACCGGAAGAAAAAAUGACAGUCCUAUUAAACGCGAAUGUGGGCGAGUGGUGGUGCAGUAUGUCCUUGGGUCUGUUGGUGUCUCUCUGUCUGUUUGCCUGUAUGGUUUCGUCCAGAAUAUGUCGUCAGUUCCGGCACAAAGCUACUCCCUUUUCUUGAGCACCAACCUUGGAGUUGAAGCGUCGCGUUUUCAGCCAUAUAAAUGCACUGUAGUGCGCCCAGCGUCUCC